AAAGGUGAAAAAAUAUUGUAAAUACUGGUGCAAUGUAAUUGUUAUGUUGAAUCAUUCUAGUUUCACCCAAGAUAUUUAGACCCUGGCGAUAAUAAAAGUGACAGUCUUCAAGAUAAGUUCAGUGUGCUGUUUUUGCUCCUGCGGCACGUUACUGAGCAGCACGACUACUAGUAUAACAGACAUGCCGGUCAAGCAAGGAAAAAAUGCAAACGUUGCGUUUGAGGACGCCAUGGAUAUUGCUGGUUAUGGAAAGUUCAGCAUGUUCAUCAUCAUCCUGGCUGGACUGACCAUGUGCACAUCACUGCUGGGAUCUGUCGACGUGUCCUUUAUCCUUCCUGCUGCAGAAUGUGACCUCAAACUGUCAUCCAAGGACAAGGGUCUUCUUAGUACAGCGUUUUAUAUCGGUACAAUAGCCGGAUCCCACCUGUCCGGUUACCUGGCCGAUACUCUGGGGAGGAGAUAUGUUCUCAUGAGAGGAUUGUCACUCAAUGUCUUGUUCUACAUCUUGGGCACGUUUGCUCCCAACUAUUGGUCAUUUUUCAUCGUCAAGGUUGCAUCUGGAAUCUUGUGUUGCCCUGCAGUGAUCGCUACAUUUCCACUACUCGGCGAGUUUGUUCCAUCUAAGAGAAGAGCACAAGCGCUGCUGAUUUCCACAUCACUCUCCUCCAUAGGAAUUCUCUACUCUGCCUUAAUAGGAUGGUUGACGUUACAAGCUUCCUGGAAAAUGGACCUCGGGUUCAUUACAUUCACUCCUUGGCGACUCUUCUUCCUGUUGUGUGGAGUCCCUAGCCUUAUCUCCAGCUUACUGUUUUGCCUGACGCCAGAGAGUCCCAAAUUUAUGCUCACUAGAGGAAAGAGUGAGGCCUCUCUAAAAAUACUUCAGAGAGUUCACUCAGUAAACUCUGGGACGAUUCUUGGCAGUUAUCCUGUAAAAUCAGUAAAAAUGGACGCCAAUGAGGUACCCGCGCCACAACCAUCUGGAGGAAAAGGGGUGUUGCCGGUCUUAAAACACAUUUCUGACCAGACCUUGCCUCUGUUCAAGCCUCCAUUUUUUAAGAAUUUACUUCUUUGUGUUAUAUUGAUGGUUGACAGUUGCUUAUGUAUAAACACGAUAUUCUUAUGGUUACCUGAGAUGACCAACCGUAUGGCAUUCUACAAGGAGUCUCACGAGGGUGACUUUUCACUGUGCGAGAUGGUGACCAAGCGAGAGAAUCUCACUUCUAGCCUUAAUACCACUAGUGCCCCAGUGGAGUGUAACGCUACUAUAAACACUGCUGUCUUUAUACCUAACGUUCUUAUAUCACUGGCACAGCCAAUAGUUAUGUUGGCUGCCAGUGUCAUCGUGCCUUUGUUUGACAGAAGACAUAUUCUUUCUGUUAUACUAAUAUUAUGCAGUUGUAUGACCUUUCUGCUCACUGUGGUUCAAGACACGUCUGUCAUAAUUAUGAUGUUUGGAGGGACGCCCAUCUUGUCCGGGGUCUGCUACAACGUUCUGUCCAGUAUUCUGAUUGAACUCUUCCCAACUUACAUCAGAGCUAUGGCUGUAUCGGUGAACAUGAUCUGUGGACGAAUUGGUGCUAUAAUCGGUUCCCAGGUGUUCAGUCUGCUGAUAGACUCUCAAUGUUUACUCCUCUUCCAAUUAAUAUCUGGGACUGUGCUGUGUUGUGCAGUGGUACCAUUUUUCUUCAAUCUCCCAAGCAGGAGCUCUUCUAAAGAUGACUCGCCAAGAGAAGAACAGAUCAAAAAUAAAUCUUGAUCACAUCUG